UUGUGAGAGCGAGGCCAAAGAUCUAAGAUAUAAAGAACAGCUUCAAACCAGUGCAGUUAUUGUCACCAAAUCACAAAUGAAAUAAUGCAAGCCCUGAAUUGAGUCACGCCAAGGAAUACUAGAGCUCCGCAGCUUUAGCGUCCCUUGGUCACACUGUGAACUUGUCCCACAUAUUCCGUGAGAUUUAGUGAUUCUCCCAGAUUCUUCGGAUUGAGCCUCUCGACCUUGAUGGUAGGCUUGCCAAAUUGAAAUGGUUGGGUCAGAUUGUAGAUCGAAUAUCUGGAUCUUGGGUGAAAAAUAUACCCUGUCAUGCCCGUCACCUGUUCCUGAGAGAAAUAUAUUAUUCGGAUCCGGCUUAUCGGUAAUUCUGGUUAGUGUCAUAUCGAAAAUUGACUAGACUGACCUCAAAGGUGUAUUUCUCUUGGGGCAACCUGUUGGACCAUGAGCAGGUCGCUGGAUCGAAAAUAGAUCCGUUCCCAAAUUAGAGAGGCACAUUCAGCCCAUGAUCCCGGCCAAUCUCUCAAUUCCAAGUGGAGCAGAUAUCCCUGGAGACCAAGUCAAGUCAAUGGUGGGACCCCCGUGACCCGUGGGUUGUGCUUUUCAUCAUGGACCCGUCCACGUCAUCCUGGGCCUGAAAUCAGAAGGCUUUUCUUCACUUUAGCUUUGAGUGCUGGUUCUAUCGGGCUGAAGGGUAUUGAAUAGGCAUUCCUGGGGAAAGGCUCAGGUGGCGCCCUUUGCACACGUGUGCGUGUGCGUGUGUAGGUAUAUGUGUGUGAUCUAACAACUGCGGUGGCUUGUUACACUAAUUGAAUUGAUUGGCCCCCAUGACUUGGGAGCCUUUCUUCGUUUCCUGCUCUAAGCUCUGACAGCCUGACGGCUAAUGAACGUCGGACUCGGCGGCUGAUAUCAUCGUAUUCAUUAGAAUUCAGAGACACAACUGUGAGACCAGCUCGAUGAUGGAGUCCCUCCGCUAGGCCGAGAAACAGAGAGAGGACCAGGAGGAGGAGAAGGAGGAGAGGAUUGAAAUCGGGCGGAGCUCGUGAAAGCCGAAAGCCGCCGCCGGUCAUGCAUAAUUGAUGGAAGAAGGCUACUUGGUGGGUUGGUUCGUUCAUCAGAAUCCCUCCCUCCCUCCCUCCCUCUAAGUGGUAGGUGGGUGGUGGGCUCUUGAUCACGAGACCAAUCGAUAGGCCACGAACGACCCAUUGGCCAAGCCUCUGAGUCAACACCGAGACCAGAGACAGCCUCGAGACGAGGCCCAGGACGAAAAGGCGACAGGGCCAAAGGACGACCGAUCGACGGACGGACGGACGGACGGACAGACAGACAGACAGACAGACAGACAGACCGACGACUCUGGCCAUGACAGCCUUGUCACGUCACCAUCCGCGUUCUCCGCUCCACCGCCCUACAACCGUGAAGAAGAGGAAUCAGUGCUCAACGCCGGUUGAUAGUCAUCAAAGCCCGAAGAACCGAUCAAUUCCAACCCGCCGCCAGUUGCGGUUGAGUUGCCAUGGCUGAAACAUCCCCCUCCAUCGUGCCCAAAGCGUCCGGGGUGAUUCCCUCUCCCGACAAACGCCCAUUGCCCUCCCCGGUCCGCAUUCACGCCCGUAGCCGUCAAACGUCGACUAGCGGUUGCACCAUGGAUUGGCUUUCGUGCGAACAAGCCGCCACACUCAACGUGGGUGAGGUCCAGUCCAUGUUAGAGGUGUCAACCGAGAAUGGCUUGACCACGGCUCAGGCCGAUCACAAACGCGGCCUGCACGGCUUGAACCAGGUGGGUGUCCAAGCUCCGGAUCCCUUGUGGAAGAAAUACCUCGACCAGUUCAACAAUCCGUUCAUUCUGCUGCUUUUAUCCUCGGCCUUGAUUAGCGUGUGUAUGCAGCAAUUCGACGAUGCCAUCUCCAUCACCGUGGCCAUUGUCAUCGUGGUCACGGUCGGGUUUGUACAAGAGUACCGCUCCGAGAAAACUUUAGAGCGCAUGGGCUCGCUUCUCCCACCCACUUGCCAGUGCUUGCGCGAUGGACAGAUUGAUACCAUUCUGGCCAAGUAUCUCGUGCCUGGGGACGUGGUGGCUCUGGAGAUGGGCGACCGGAUCCCGGCCGACCUCCGCCUACUAGAAGUCAACGAGUUGACCGUGGACGAGUCCAGUUUUACUGGGGAGACUGAACCCAAGUACAAGACGGUCGAGCUGACUGAGCGCCAAGCCAAAUUAGCGUGUAAUGACAUGUCCAACAUUUGUUUCCAAGGCACCCUCGUCAUUCAAGGGAAAGGUUUGGGCGUGGUGAUUUGCACGGGCGAGCGUUCUCAAUUUGGUGAGGUAUUCAAAAUGAUGCAAGCCGAAGAUCCGCCUCGCACACCCUUGCAAAAGAGCAUGGAUGUGUUGGGCAAACAACUGACCAUUUACUCCAUCGGGGUGAUUGGCCUGAUCAUGUUGGUGGGCUGGCUCCAAGGCCGUCCCAUUCUAGAUAUGUUCAAUAUUGGCGUGAGUUUGGCGGUGGCCGCCAUUCCCGAAGGCCUACCCAUCGUGGUCACGGUCACGUUGGCCUUUGGGGUGAUGCGUAUGGCCCGCCGUAAUGCCGUCGUCAAACGAUUGCCCACGGUCGAGGCUUUGGGUUGCGUGGAUUGGAUCUGUUCCGAUAAAACCGGUACUUUGACGUCCAACGAAAUGACCGUCACUGACGUGGUCUCCCCGGAGCGAAUCAUGCUAGAUGACAUCUCAAACCAACUUCAAGGCGGUGUCAGCUCCCCGCUAGAAAGAGCGAAUGACGUGUUACGCGUUCUUGAAGUCGGGAUUGUGUGCAACAACGCUGUGGACAAUCACCACGAAGGACUCCACGGCUCGCCGACGGAAAAGGCCUUAUUGGUGGCGGCCCGAAACCUGGACGCAUUGGACCUGCGAAAGUCGUUUCGUCGCCUCCAUGAGAUUCCGUUCAGUUCAGAACGUAAAUACAUGGCUGUCGAAUGUGAGAAUGCGUCCAGCCAAAUCAUCUACAUGAUCAAAGGUGCGCCUGAGGUGAUCAUUGAGAAGUGUACCCUUUUUCCUUCGGGUCAAGGAAGCACUAGUCCUAUGACGCCCAUGCAGAAGCAAAGGGCCACGAAUGCCAAUAUCGCCAUGGCUAAACGGGGGAAGCGUGUUUUGGCCCUGGCCAGAGGGGCAAACAUGGAUCAGUUAGAGUUUGCCGGCUUGAUUGCUCUCCAAGAUCCCCCCCGCGCAGGCGUGGCCGAAUCUAUUCAAAUCCUCAAACGGUCUCAAGUCCAAGUAUGCAUGAUUACGGGCGACGGACGCGAGACCGCUGCGGCCAUCGCGCAUCAACUCGGACUCUCGGGUGACAAUAAGACUCUGUUGAGUGGGCACGAACUAGACAAUCUCUCGGAAGCGGGUCUUGAAUCCGCCGUAGAGAAAUGUUUCUGCUUUUAUCGGACCACUCCCCGACACAAAGUGCGAAUCGUCAAGGCUUUGCAAGCGAACGGACGGAUUGUGGGAAUGACGGGUGACGGCGUGAAUGAUGGAGUGGCCAUCAAAAAAGCCGAUGUGGGCAUUGCCAUGGGAGUCAAUGGCACGGAUGUUUGCAAGGAAGCCGCCGAUAUGAUCCUACUCAAUGACGACUUCUCCACCAUCUUGAACGCCAUCGAAGAGGGCAAAUGCAUCUUCUACAACAUCCGCAAUUUUGUCCGCUUUCAGCUGAGUACCAGCAUAUCAGCCCUUAUGCUCAUCUCCUUGUCCACUUUGCUGGAUAUCCCGAACCCAUUGAAUCCGAUGCAGAUUUUAUGGAUCAAUGUGAUCAUGGAUGGCCCUCCGGCUCAGAGUUUGGGCUUGGAACCUGCCGAUCACGAAGUCCUCAAGCGACCCCCUCGUAAACAGCGAGAAGAAAUUCUCUCUCGCACUCUGCUCAUCAAUGUCUUGAUCUCGGCCAGUGUCAUUAUCUCCGGUACCCUUUGGGUGUACAAGGAGACCAUGGAGGAUGGCAAGAUGACGGCCAGAGAAACCACUAUGACGUUUACUUGCUUCGUAUUUUUUGACAUGUUCAACGCUUUAUCCUCCCGCUCCCAAGAGCGGCUCAUUUAUGAGAUAGGCUUCUUUUCAAACCGUGUUUUUGUUUUGGCCGUGAGCCUGUCAAUUUUGGGGCAAUUUGCCGUGAUAUACUUGCCCCCGUUGCAAUACGUGUUUCAGACGGAGGCUUUGGCCUUCAGUGAUCUGGUUCUUCUCACCCUUUUGUCAUCGAGUGUCUUUAUAGUGAGUGAAACUAAGAAACUCUGGGAUCGAGGGCAUUUACGAAAAACGGCAAAGGAAAAUGGGAAACGCAAUGAAGCACACUCAGUUUAGUGCCGCCGGUCAGACGGAAGAAGACUGAAUGUACCGCGAUCAAGAGCAUCGCUUGUGUGGAAUUCAUUGUCGCGACCUCAUCGAGAUUAAUAGAAGAUGACGUAGCCAACAAUACUUUGGCACUCUGGACCUGUGAUUGCUUCUUAUCUCCAGAAGGUGUUCUUUUUUCUCUUGUGGAUUUGAUUGAAUGAAAUCGAAAUGAAUCCCUUA